AUGGAGGGGAGAAAGGUCCAGGUGCCCCGCGCCCCGGAGCUGUCCGCCGAGAGCCCCUCUUCUUCUUCGGCGGGCUUCAAGACGUAUUCGGCCGCUGGAACUGCAUCUGCGUCGGCCGAUAGGAUCUCUCUCGUCUCAGGUCACUUGUCGUCUUCUUCUUAUACCGCGGCUUCUCCUGCUCAAGCUUCAGUUUCUUCUCAAGCUCGUCGUCUUUCAACAUCCACAGCCACCAUGUCUUCUCAACCUGAACACGCUACUCUCCUCAUCCCCGGACCCAUUGAGUUCGAUGAUGAGGUCCUCAAGUCCAUGGGCCACUACAGUGAGAGCCACGUCGGCCCCGGCUUCGUCAACACCUUCGGCGAGACCCUCACCCUGACCCGCAAGCUGUUCCAAUCGACCGACCCCUCGGCCCAGCCCUACGUUAUCUCCGGUUCCGGUACCCUGGGAUGGGAUAUUGUUGCUGCCAACCUUGUCGAGGCCGGUGAGAACGCCCUCGUUCUCAGCACUGGAUACUUUGGCGAUGGCUUCGCCGACUGCCUGCGCGCCUACGGUGCCAACGUCACCAAGCUCGACGGUGAAGUUGGCGGCCGACCUCAGCUCCCCGAGAUUGAGAAGGCUCUUUCUGAGAAGAAGUACAAGAUCCUCACAGUAACUCACGUCGACACAUCGACUGGUGUCCUAAGUGAGCUCAAGAACCUUGCCGCUACUGUCCGCCGUGUCUCCCCUGAGACUCUCGUUAUCGUCGAUGGUGUCUGCAGUGUUGCCUGUGAGGAGAUCGCUUUCGAUGAGUGGGGUCUGGAUGGUGUUGUUACUGCCAGUCAGAAGGCCAUUGGCGUUCCCGCUGGUCUCUCCAUCUCAUUCUUCAGCGGCCGAGCUGUCGCCGCCGCUCUUGAGAACCGCAAGACCCCCAUUCCCGCUUACUUCGCCUCCCUGAAGAACUGGACACCCAUCAUGAAGAACUACGAGGCCAAGAAGCCCUCUUACUUCGCUACUCCUUCUCCUCAGCUCAUCCACGCCCUCCACACUGGCCUUACUCAGAUCUUCACCAAGCCCCUAUCCGAGCGAUUCCAGGGCCACAUCGAGGUCUCCAACAAGGUCAAGAAGGCUGUUACCGACCUUGGUCUGAAGGUCGUUGCUACUAAGCCUGAGGACCAGGCUCACGCCAUGACUGCUAUUUACCUGCCCGAUGGCAUUGGCGCUGCUGAUGUUCUGCCCAAGUUGGCCGCCAAGGGUGUUGUCUUUGCUGGUGGUAUUCACAAGGCCAUUGCUCCCAAGUAUAUCCGAUUCGGCCAUAUGGGAGUCAGUGCUCUUGAUCCCAGCCGAAACCACAUCGAGAAGGCUCUCAGCGCUCUUAAGGACAGCUUGUUCGAGGUUGGCUACAAGGCUUAA